GCCCUAGUCGGCCGUCCCGCCUCCGCUCCCCCGCCCCACACAAGGGGACCUGCGUUCGGUUAGGCAGCAGCUGGGGCGACUUCCUUCCUCUCGGAGCAAGAUGGCGGGCGGUGAGGCUGGAGUGACUCUGGGGCAGCCGCAUCUUUCUCGUCAGGAUCUCGCCACCUUGGAUGUUACCAAGUUGACGCCACUUUCACACGAAGUUAUCAGCAGACAAGCCACAAUUAAUAUAGGUACAAUUGGUCAUGUAGCUCAUGGAAAAUCCACAGUUGUAAAAGCUAUUUCUGGAGUUCACACUGUCAGGUUCAAAAAUGAACUAGAAAGAAAUAUUACAAUCAAGCUUGGAUAUGCUAAUGCUAAGAUAUAUAAACUUGACGACCCAAGUUGUCCCCGGCCGGAAUGUUAUAGAUCCUGUGGAAGUAGUACACCAGAUGAGUUUCCUACAGACAUUCCAGGGACCAAAGGGAAUUUCAAAUUAGUCAGACAUGUUUCCUUUGUUGACUGUCCUGGCCACGAUAUUUUGAUGGCUACUAUGCUAAACGGUGCAGCAGUGAUGGAUGCAGCUCUUCUGUUGAUAGCUGGUAAUGAGUCUUGUCCUCAGCCUCAGACUUCUGAACACCUGGCUGCUAUAGAAAUCAUGAAACUGAAGCAUAUUUUGAUUCUACAAAAUAAAAUUGAUUUGGUAAAAGAAAGUCAGGCUAAAGAACAGUAUGAACAGAUCCUUGCGUUUGUACAAGGUACAGUAGCAGAAGGAGCUCCUAUUAUUCCAAUUUCUGCUCAGCUGAAAUACAAUAUUGAAGUUGUUUGUGAGUACAUAGUGAAGAAAAUUCCAGUACCCCCAAGAGACUUUACUUCAGAACCCCGACUUAUUGUUAUUAGGUCCUUUGAUGUCAACAAACCUGGCUGUGAAGUUGAUGACCUUAAGGGUGGUGUAGCUGGUGGUAGUAUUCUAAAAGGAGUAUUAAAGGUGGGCCAGGAGAUAGAAGUCAGACCUGGUAUUGUUUCCAAAGAUAGUGAAGGAAAACUCAUGUGUAAACCAAUCUUUUCCAAAAUCGUGUCGCUUUUUGCAGAACAUAAUGAUCUUCAGUAUGCUGCUCCAGGAGGUCUUAUCGGAGUGGGAACAAAAAUUGACCCCACUUUGUGCCGGGCUGACAGAAUGGUGGGACAGGUACUUGGUGCAGUUGGAGCUUUACCGGAGAUCUUCACAGAAUUGGAAAUCUCCUAUUUCCUACUUAGACGGCUGCUAGGUGUACGCACUGAAGGAGACAAGAAAGCAGCAAAGGUGCAAAAGCUCUCUAAGAAUGAAGUGCUCAUGGUGAACAUAGGAUCCCUGUCAACAGGAGGAAGAGUUAGCGCAGUCAAGGCCGAUUUGGGCAAAAUCGUUUUGACUAAUCCUGUGUGCACAGAAGUAGGAGAAAAAAUUGCCCUUAGCCGAAGAGUUGAGAAACACUGGCGUUUAAUUGGUUGGGGUCAAAUAAGAAGAGGAGUGACAAUCAAGCCAACAGUAGAUGAUGACUGAAGAAUUCCAGUGAAAUCAUACAUUUGGAUGGAGUCGGAAUUUCUCUUUACAACCUGGGGGUAUAUUUUCAAAGCAAUACUGGGAAAUUAAUUUCACAGCUCAUUACCUUAGUGGUAGCUGUAAGGUUAUUCUCAUUUUUUGGUGAUGAAAAUUUAACCUCUAGUGCUAAAGUAGGGUCUACAAUAAAUGUAAAAAUUGGCAUAAUGUCGGAUUGAAUCUACAUUUUAGCAGAAAUUAAUCAUUUCCAAAUAAUGUCUAAUUUAUACAUUAGUGCAGGUUUGAAAUGAAACUCCUUGCUACAACCAGCCUUUUCUGUAGCACACAUACCAACAAACCUGUUUCAAAUAAAGGUUUUCUUCUUA